AUGAGGCUCUAUGGCUUGCUGAUUCUGAAGCCCUACCCGAAGGGGUUUGAGAAGGACCCGGUCAUCUGCUGUAGCGCUGUCGACGUCAGCUCCUUUGGUUUCUUCCAGCGCAGCUCUGCCCGCGAGUUCAUUGUGUUUCUCUCCCGCACGGUGGCUAGGCGGGUAGCCCUCGGCGCCAAGACGCAGAUAACAGAAAAUGGGAAUGUUGUGUACGCAUAUGCGACGCUGGACGGUCUCGUGGCAAUCGCGGUGAGUGAUAUCGAGUACAACGCUCGUGUCGCCUUCACACUCCUGACGGAGUUGGUGCCGCAGUUCCAGCAGACGUUCCGUGGUAAGUACGAAUCCGUGGGGGGCAAGGCCGAUGAGUUUCUGCACUGGCCUUACCUCAACGAGACCCUGGAAAAGUAUCAGAGGCCAGAGGAGGUGGACAAGAUCCUGCGGAUCAAGCGUGACAUCGAGGACACAAAGGUGAUUAUGUACAAUGCAAUCGACCAAAUUAUCGAACGGGGGCAGAAAAUCGAUGACCUAGUGGCGCAGAGCGAGGAUCUUGGCAUGGCUAGCAAGACAUUUUACACCCAAGCGAAGCAGACAAACUCAGGGUGCUGCGCCGUACUAUGA